AUGUAUCGACGAACGACAUUAAUCCUGUUGUGCCUUUCGAUAACACUGUCGUAUUCGGAGUUAUUUAGUACUGAAAAAUUCAGGUUUUACGCGAAGUUCUUAAAAUUUAACACGUUAAAUAUCAAUGAGACCGGAAAUGAGCUUUGGCACGGACUUUUUAGGGAUUGUAAAAAGAAAGUGACGUUUUCUUGCAUACAAAAAAAUGCGUACACAUAUCUUGAUAAUGUAUUUAUCGAAAGGGACAAUAUUACUAUUUUCGAUGGUCUUAUACUUACGAAAAACAAUAUCACUUAUAAUACGUGUCUUAAGAGAGAAAAUCGUGAUGAUGUUCAUGAGAAUAUCGUGGAUAUCGAUAUGAAUGAUUGUAAAAAUAAAGAUGAAGCAGAGAUAGAAGAUCGAAAGUUUAAUGAUGAAUCGCCACUUGAAGAGAUUACGAAUGCUCUGCGGCGGAAAACGAUGAAAUUUUUAUCAACUCGUAAUUAUGAAAUUCAACUUCCGCAAUUUUUCUUUGAGAGUGUCACAAUGAAGAUAAGCCCGCGCGAGAUAGACGAGAAUGGCGCACUGCUCAGGGUAGAUUUUGGAACUGAAGGUGUACAAGAACAAGGACGAAUUUUUAAAAAAAUUAAGAAAUUUAUACAAAAUAAAUUGUUGAUCAGCUUUCUGGCGCUCCUUUUAAUUAUCAAGUUAAUUAAAGUGAAGUUUCUAUUCAUAAUACCAUUUCUCUUCGGUGUGGGAACUGCCAAGAAACUUUUCCUAAAAUUGCUGCUCUUCUUUAUUCCCGCAUUUGCUCACAUAUUUAAGCUUUGCUCUAGCUACUAUUCAAGCCAAGCCACCAAAUUCCAUCAUCAUCAUCAUCAGAUUGCUCAUCAUCAUCAUCACGUGCCGGUUCCAGUACCCGUCCCAACGUACUACGAUCACUCUCAUGACACUUUAGACGGUUUCACCGAUUACGCUCAUCCUCACAUUCAAUUUAGGAAGGAUUUGGAAGAAUUAAAGGAAUGGGGUAUCGAGCCUCAGAACGAACCCUAUGAAGAAUCCAGUCAAACCCUAACUCGCGUAGUACCAGCUCCGACCUCAGUUUCGGGAGUUACGUACUCAGACAAUUCAAUGACGGCUAGUGCCCAUAACCUGGUCUAUUCCGGAUACCGACGACCCGCAGCGCAGCCAAAUUCCGCCGCUAUACUUUCAAAUCCAGGUUUCGUGUCUGGUGCAAAAACACCGAUAAAGAACUCUUACGCGAUAUUUGCGCCAAAUAUACGCCCGAUUCACCCAAAUCAGGCCCAGAGGUUUUUGACUCCUGCCCCAUCUUCUCCCAUGUCGAUCUCGCGAAAGGAAAUAGAAGAUGAGUAUUACGGGCCGAUAAUCGAUCGACUGGAGAAAAUCUUUGGACAAUUGAGAUUCUAUGAGGAGACGUGCAGAGAGAUGCUUGUUUGCAGCAUGUACAAAAAUCCGGUGGGCUACUCACCGCACAGUAACCUCGUGUCGAAUGAACUUUCCAGAGAUCCGCAAGAACUCAGGCGUGAUGUAACAGGAAGUACGUCCAGUCAGAAGUUCUAUAGAUAUAUGAAUGCAGCCAGAUAUGGUCAAAAUGGUGGAGAUUGCCUCAAAACGUAUCCGUGUCAUAGUAAUAUCGAAUAA